GCCCUAAAUUGCAUAAGGCAGAGAACGAGAAGUGAGUCAACUAUCAAUGCUCAGCGACCAGUGCUAUUCGUCUCACCAACUAAAGGGAGGUAUCGAUCAAUGCUCAGACAGCACUCAGGCGACCAAGGAAGCAGUCUAUCGAGGCUGUUCAGUACUCAGGCGUCCAACGAGAAAUGAGAAUUUAGUGAGAACACAACACUGCUCUUCGUCUCACCAGCAACAACGAGGCAACGAGCGGUGCUCAGGCGGCACUCAGACGUCCAUCGAGUAUCGAGGUUGUUAUGUUCAAUACUCAGGCGCAUUCAAGCGACCACUCAGCAAUCGACCGAUCUCUCUCAAUCAGUCGAUCAAUUCAACACACCAGCUCUCUGAUGUCUUUAACGUUAAGAAAUUAUGAUCUAAUUGACUUUGAAGAUUUCACAAGCAAUGCCUCAUGGAUUUUAGAGGAU